AUGGCGCCGAAUCACAUGACAAACAUCUGGAACCUCAUAAUUGGACUAAUUUUCUUAUCACAAACAACAAUUGGAAUUCUCGGAAAUUUCUCCCUUUUGUUCUACUAUGUAGUCUUUUACUAUAAAGAACGUAUGUUAAAGCCCGCAGAUAUAAUUCUUUUCAAUCUAACAACAGCCAAUAUCAUGAUCAUUCUCUCAUCAGGAUUGCCCCACACAAUAACUCCUUUUGUGUUGAGGCAGUUAUUGAAUUAUUUUGGAUGUAGAUUAAUUUUUUACAUUGAAAGAGUUGGCCGGAGUUUGUCCAUUGGAACCUCCUGCCUCUUGAGUGUCUUCCAGUCCAUGAUGAUCAGUCCCAGGGAAUCCUGUUGGAAGGAUCAUAAAGUCAAAGUUUCCAGGUCUAUUGGCUGCAUCAUUUCCCUACUCUGGCUUUUCUACAUAUUGAUGCACUUCAUUUUCUUUAUCUACCCAUUUAUUGAAAGGAAUGACAAAAACAUGACAAGAACACAAGAUUUUGGAUACUGUCUUAUUGUACUAUACAAUGAAAUCAGUCAUUUGCUGUUUAUAGCUUUGGUGGUGUUCCCAGAAGUCCUUUUUUCUUUGUUCAUCAUCUGGUCCAGUGGCUUCAUGGUUGUCAUCUUGUAUAGACACAAGCAGAGGGUUCAGCACAUCCGUAGAACACAUGGUUCAAGCAGAAACUCCCCUGAGUCCAGAGCCACAAAGAAUAUCCUGGCACUGGUGUCUACCUUUCUUAUUUUUUAUACAUUAUCUUCCAUCUUACAAGGCAUCAUUACUCUUUCAUAUCAUCACAACUGGUGGCUGAUGAACAUCACUUCAUUUACUUCUCUGUGUUUUUCAUCUUUUGGGCCAUUUGUUCUUGUGAAUCAUUACUCCAUUGUAUCCAGAUUCAGUUUUGUCUGUUACAAGGGUUACAUCUUUGCGAAAUCCUCCACGGAUGCUCUCGGUCCCUGUCCUGUUCAACAUAUCCCGGCCCUGCAGGGGCCUCUGAGCUGCCAGGUAGCUGUGACAGUGGCUCGGCCUGGUGGUUACUGGGUGACCGCGUGCUCCUUGGAACCUGGCGGUGGUCCCCAGUUUUGUAUCACAGAACUCUGGUCUCUUGGGUCACAAAGGCUUAGAGGUGGGGGAGGGGUGGCAGACAGCAGACGUCAAACCCCAGCCCCUCCCACAGCCUCCAGCCCCGCAAAUUUCAAUCUCCAACUCCCCAAAUUCUCUGGAUCCCACUCAAAACGUUAUGAGGUGGCUUUUUGCAAUGUUUCCAUCGCCUCAACCUAUCAGGAAGACCUUCACCCACAAGGUGCCCUGGAACCCAGACGUUUGCUGCUUCCUGAACUGAGCCAGGGACAGUCAAACCGUCAGGCUUUUCGCACAGGUUUUGUGGUUUUCCGGGAACUGCCUUUUUCAGGACUCCUCUGUGACAGCUCCCGCUUCCCUCCAUGGUAA